GUAGCCAGACAUUGAGAGAUUUUGAAAAAAAAUUGCAAAUAAUCUACGUGACUGGAAACACUACAAAACAGUGAGCCAACUUUUUACAGAAGUAGACAUUGGGUCUGAAACAUUUUGCAUUUAAAUGGAUAUAGUACCCAAUAUUAUUAUCAUUAUUGAAUAACAACAUGGCGCUUCAAUGUGAAUCAAGAAAGACCAAAAUAUUGUGCCACUUAGAAUCAAAGAAGAUUUUUUUGCGAACAUCACCAAGGAUACUAUUCGAGAUGAAGUCAGAAGCGGCAGACCGUUAUUGCCUGGCAGAAAGCAAAAUCUUCCACGGGAGAAUCGUCGUCUAUCCGGUUACAAGUGAUUUUUAGAUAUUCCCAAAAUGAGGAUCCCGAAAAGAUCCACCCUGUCAUCCUUCUACCUACUCUUCAUACUCGGAGCCGUCUUUGGAUACCCCAUUGACGUGGAAGACGCUGCUGAUCUUCUUCCGGAUAUUCCUCGCACAAAGAAUGAGACAGUUGCUGCUCUUGUUCAAGAUCCUGUUGUUCAGGAUGCUGUACAAUCUGUCCUAGGGGACGGUCCCUUGUCGGGACUCGUCGUGCGCAAGAGCGUCGUUAUCAUCCCCGCCAAUGAUCCAGAGACAGUAUUAUCGCAACAGCAUCAAGUGCUGACGGCUCCUAUUUCUCAUUUGGAGGACAUCAGGAAGAACAUCACGGACGCCGGUCAGGCAGAACAGGAAGAGAACAGCACCGAUGAGGAAGCAGUCAGCGAAGUUGAUGUGUCCGAAGUGAUAGCAUCGGAUGAGAAUGAAGCCUCCUCUUCGACGAAGAACAAGAAAGAGUCAUAUCCGGAAAACAAAGGAACUUCAGUACAGAAAGUUAGAAACGAUAAUCGGGUGCCUCCCAAUUUCACUGGAGUAAAGGUACCUGGAAUUGAGCAAACGGGAAUCCUUUUACCGGGAACCGUUCCUCAGAAGCUUGAGCUUCCUAAUAUCAUUGACGAGCGGAUCUCUGUACCUAUCGUGGCGAUCCUGGAUCAGUCAAAGUUACGUGAUACUUCCGGUGUGGAAGGAUCACUGGUAGCUUUACUGCCGCGUCCUAGUGAUCAGACUACUUCUGGCUUGGUAGAAAAGUAUGCUGAGAAUCAUUCUAAAAUAAAGGAAGAGGUAAAGCAAUACUUAAGCCCUGCCGUCGAGGAGAAUAAGGAACCUCUGCAUCCUGCUGUGGAAGUAGAGGUAAAAUAUAAUUCUCAUCUUCAAAAUCUUGAUGUAAAGGAAUCCGAGGAUAUGGCAGUAGCAGAGGACAUCGUCUUCAGACCGCUCUUCAGAUUUCGCCAAGAGCAAAGACGAAGAUCCUCUGUUCUUGGUUAUUCAACCUAUAAUAGAAGACAAUAUAACUCUUACUACGAUUCCUACUCCAGAAGAAAAUAUCGUGAUGAUUCACAAUACUCCAACAAAAUUGAUUAAAGAUCUAGAGCUAGAACUGCUAUUAGAGCUUCUUAGAGAUGGUUAUACUAGGAAAUAAAAAAUACACUGCGGUCUUACCAAUACAAAGGAGGACUAUACAGUGUAUACUAUACUAUACUGUACGUAGUCUAAUGUCUGAUGGGAAAUACCGAGUAAAUGCCAUUGUAGUAAGCGUAUUGUUUAACAUCUCUACGUGCUAAUUGAAGAUCGCCCAAAGGCAUCAUGAAGGAGAAAAAGAGUCAUAAUAUGGAGGUCGCGCGUCAUCC